UACUUGUUGUCUGUGCUUAGACGAAAGAGAUCGAAUUGUCACACGUCAGAGGUUGUUCUGUUCGAAACACGAUUGAAUUAUGAUCGUGCGAUCGAUUAUUCGUUCUUUCGAUUCUGUGGAAACUUUGUCAAGUUGUUUCUAAUCUUUACGGGUUGAAAUUCGUUCGUCUCAUCUUUUCGAAAACGAACAUUUCCGACGGUGUUUAGAAAGAAGAGCUAAAUAUGGAGUAUGCUGACAAUCAACAGAUGAAUCAAUCAUAUUUCAGUAUGAUAUGGAGUACUGUUGCGUCUGUCGGAUGGUAUAUAGUUGCUGUCGUAUUUUCCCUUUGGUACGCUUCGCCAUACAUACGAGAGAAGUAUACGAGUUGGAAAAGGAGAAGGGAGGAGCAAGAGUAUGCUGCAAAAUAUCAUAAAAAUCCUGAUCUAUUGCAAGAAAGAUUAGUCGGUUUCGAAGCUUCGAGAGAAAAGAUGCAACAAGAGUACUACCAAAAAUCCAUGCUAGCGCAAGAAAACAAAAAGGCGGCGAAUAGUUUGUCAAGAUCGUCGAAAGGAGAUUAUCCAUUGAUGGGGCACAACUCCCGUAGAUAUUGCCCACCGGUGCGUAGUUGCUGCGGAAAAGAUCGGUGCGGAUAAUUCUGAAUACAAAGUAACGGAUACGACGGUAUAUAAAAUGUUCUUUUUCCUUACGUAUGCGCGUAUUCAACGUGUGUCUCGCAUCAGUCGCGUUUGUUUUGCAAGGAAAUAUUGCAAAAGUAACCAUAUUCGAAUGAUAUAUUUACCAGUUACUCGACACUCGAAAUUCGUUUGAUACACGAUCGAAAGAUUGUAAAUGGGAGGAUUAAAUCUCUAUAGAUUAAAGAAUUCUGUAUUUGGUA